AUGGCGCAACGUCGCGCACCUCCUUCGCUGCGGUUCGCUCUCCUGCUGCUUCUGUUCUGGCCGCCGUGCCACGAGGCGUGCCGGGGCCUUGCCCAAUACCGGGUCACUCUGGCCACUGCCUGGACUGCCAGUCGUUUCCCCAAGCAGUACCCGCAGUGGCGGCCACCUGCCCAGUGGUCGCAGCUCUUCGGCGUGAGCCACAACGCCAGCGUGCACGUUUGGCGCGAGGGCCGUUUGGCUGGCGAGGGCUUGCGCCAGUUUGCCGAACACGGGCACGUGGGCCGGCUGAGCAGCCAGCUGGUGCAGGGUUUCGGCGGCGUGCUGGAUGUUUUUCAUGGGCCGGCCAUCGCCAAGGGCAGCGGAGCAUCCAGCGCCGCCUUCUUCGCCGAUGCACGCCACUCCAAGGUGACGGCCAUGUCGCGUCUAGUUCCCAGCCCGGACUGGUUCGUGGGCGUCGACGGAAUCGAGCUGUGCGAGGGCGGCCGCUGGCGCGAUUUGUUGCAUGUCGACGCGCAGCUACUAGACGCCGGCACCGACCGGGGUCUGACAUUCACAGCACCGCGCUGGCCCUCCCAGCCGCCUGAGAACGUCACACGCAUUACGGCCCGCUCGCCGAGCCACCCGGGAGCCGCGUUCCACUACGCGCACCUCGAGAAGCUGCCUCGCAUCGGCGUGUUCCAGUUCCGCAAACUGCACGAGUACGCCUCGCACGGGGACGCCUCGGCCGACCAGCCGCACGGUGAAUGGGUGACCGCGGAGCCGACGGCAUCGGACGUCGUAAUGCCCAGCACUGCACCUUCCGCGGAACCCAGCAGUACCACGAGCAAACCACCGUCGGAAAACGGCUCGUGCCAAGUGUCAGGAUGGUCGGCGUGGUCGGCUUGCAGCCAGACGUGCGGCCUGGGCCAGUCGCGGCGCCAUCGGCGGAUCCUGCGCUAUCCGUCCAAAGGCGCCGCUCCCUGCCCGCCGCUGCACGAGCUGCGUUGGUGUGGAAGCGCCAGGACAUGCAGGAUGCCGAACACCUACUUCCGAUGGAACCGCUGAAUCCCGACCAUGCACGGCGCUUCGGCGGAAACGCGCCUUCAGUCCGGCAUGGCUGGCAGCUUUACCUCUGGUCGAUCUCACCCCUCAGGAGAGAGA